UUUCUGUAGAAAUUGGUAUAAACUGACUUUAAAAGUUUCUAAGAUUACGCUUAUUCUAGCUUCUCAGGUUCAGAAUUUUGGGAUAUUAUAAAGUAAAAGUUAAGUUGGCUCAGCAGAAUUAAAAAUUGGCCGCCAUUCACGUGAUAGUAAGGCCCGAUCGAAUUAGACUUCUGGUGCUUGUGCUGUGGGAUAAUCAUCCUAUUAUAUAUGGCAAUACACUCUCAGAUUCUUCUUGUUUUAAGUUACGGCUAUUUAUAUACGAUGUGUGCGUUUGACUGCAAGCUCUUUGAUUUAUCCAUUAAAGAGGAGAAUCUUGAUUAGUAUAUGAGUUUGUGUACAUGCAAUGGGUGAGAUUGUUUGAUAAUGAAGCAAGUGCAAAUAUUUUAGUGUGUUAGCCCACACCUAUCCAAAUUCAAUCUGUAAAGAAUUCCAAACCUCCUAAUUUGAAUUCCAGUUAUAGAUUAUAUAGUUAUUGCGAUUGUAAUUAUCCACAUGCUCUAAUUUUUCUACAUUAAAGGAUUGAAAAGGGACUCAAAGAAAGUCAAGGAAGUCCCAUAAUUACAUAGGCUACCUUGUUCCUUAUGUUUUAGAUUUCUUUCUUCACUGUGUUUGUACUUUAAUAUAACAUAUAAGAUUUGCCUGAGCAUUUUGGAAUAAAACUUGCAGCAGUUAUCAGCCAAACAAAAUGACUACUUCUGAAGAAACUAAAUUGAGCAUGAAGCUUUUGAUUGACACCACGGCUCGCAAAGUCCUAUUUGCUGAAGCUGAAAAGGAUUGUGUUGAUUUCCUUUUUCAUAUUCUCUCAUUGCCAGUGGGAACUGUCACUAAGCUUCUUAAGGAGAAAGAAAUGAAAUGUGGAUGCUUGCCUAACCUCUAUGCAAGCGUAGAAAAUCUUAAUGACAAAUACAUUCAAUCGAACCAAUGCAAGGAUAUCCUUUUAGAACCCAAAUCUUCAGCUGGAAAUAUCACUUCAGUUCCUUUUCUAUUGCUUAAUGAUGUUCUGACGUCACAGAAAACUUUCUAUUGUUGUUCAAACAGUAGUGCCCACUUUACUGUUUCUGAUGACCCUAGUGCUCUAUGUCCAACUUGUCGAUGUGCUAUGUCAAGAAAUUUGACGUAUGUUGCUCCACCGGAUUCGAACGAAGCUAAGGCAGCUGCUACAGGGGGGUUUGUGAAGGAUGUUAUGACAUAUAUGGUGACAGAUGACUUGGUGGUUAAGCCAAUGUCCACCAUUUCUAGCAUUGCCCUCCUUAACAAGUUUAGUGUCAGGGAUAUUGCUGUGCUGCAGGAGGAAGUAGUAAGUUUUGGAAUGGAAGAGGCACUGGAGUUGCUGAAAGCAUCUUUCGAGUCAAAAACAGUUCUAACAAGUGUUUUCAUGAGCCGNAUAUAUAUAGUAGUGAGUGGUAUCUCUUUAUAA